AUAAUCCCUCGCAUAACCCCGCCUAAGGUUCUGCCUAUUCACUUUAAACAUUUCCCGACUGCGACAAUCAAAAUGGGCACCCUUCUAGCUUGUCCUUACAUGCCUCCGCCUCGUCCCAGCACGACCACCACCGCAACAUUCGAGUCCACAGGUGCAAAACGCAUCCCCCGCUCCAAGGAAUUCACAAAGAAAUAUGGCAGUCCUCAUCAUUCCUUCGAUCCGGAGAAAGCUCCCUAUCCCCUCAGCUACGCUCGCAGCGUCCUUGAGCUGGAAAGUAUAGACCACCAGUUCGUCAUGCAUGUCGUGAAGUCAGUGUCCAUCGUAGAUUUCGCAGACGGCCCCCCGAAACGCUGUCUUGAUCUCGGGUGUGGGGCUGGAACUUGGAUACUUGAAGCAGCCAAGCAAUGGCCUGAAUGUCAAUUUGUUGGCUUUGAUCUCGUGGACGUGCAAAUACCACUGUCUCUAGUUGAUCCGGAUAUUGCCAGUCGCAUCAUGUGGGUACAUGGAAACUUUCUGACGACAAAACUUCCGUUCGAUGAUGAUGAAUUUGAUCAUGUGCAUAUACAUAGCAUAGGGCGGGCUGUCCCCGAGAACAAGUGGGGUGUGAUAUUCGAAGAGGUGAAUCGUGUACUUCGUCCGGAUGGCGUGGCAGAAGUACUUGAGCAUGACAUAGUUUUCCCUACUCUCCCCCGAUGGUUCACCGCGCCACUACGCGUACGCAAUAAACGGGCCGACUCUGUGCACUACCCAAGUUCGUCAUCGCAACGGCCAGCAACACCACCUCCGCCAUCACCGGAGGAUACCAAGCCUCCACAUGAUCAUGCCCUCCUUGAGAGCUUAUACUAUGCAGUUUUUGAGAACCGCUUUAUUAACCUUCGUCCUACCGCUAUUCUCCCUAUUCAUUUCACGUCCAACUUCCGCCGAGUGAUUUCAGCUCCCAUUAUGCAUUUUCGUAUGCCCCCUCUUCCGCCUCCCUUGCCUCCGCCCAAAUCACUUCCGCGUAGUACGUUAUUAGAGCCGGACGAUGAGCCGGACGAGAAAACACCACAACCGGAAGAUGUGGAUAAUGACGAUACCCCUCCUAAAACGCGACCUGUUUCAGUGUCCUUUUCAUCGACGAAAUCUUCCACGACCUCCACGUCCACGAGAGAAUCCACUUCAUCGCUAUUCAGCAGCACCUGCCCUACUUCUGACACUACGUUUGCAACUUCUGACACGCAAGAUCCUUCCUGUCAAGCAGACAGCUCAUCACCGUCACCCUCCACUAAAAGUCUCGGCACGAAUAAAUCAGAUUCGCAAUGCAUGCAAGCCCCGCUCUAUAUCGUUGAUAGCUCUGCAGCAGAAAGCACAGGGACCAAACCGUCACUAUCACUUGUACCACUCGAAGAACUCGACAAGCUAAGCGAACGGUCACUUGCUAUGCAAUUAUAUUGGUCCUACAAGAGUGUUCUCGCAUGCAAGGAGUCAAUGUGGGAAGAGUUGGUGGAUCGUAUGCGGAAUCGAAGGGACGAAUUGGUAGCACUUGGGUGGGAGAGCGAUGAAGAGCUUGCGAAACUACAGGGUCGAGUCAAGUUCGAGACCUUGAUAAACCGCUAUGAAGAUGACAUGCAGGCACGGAUAUCUCUAUGGUAUUCCUUGUCUCAGUUUGGGUGGCCGAUUCCCUCGCGAUCAUUGUCAAAGGCGGAGUUGGUGGAAGAACAGCGGUUGUAUCAGGCGAUGAGUGAGGCUCGACGAACUGCGUCGGAGGAAGAUUUGAAAAUGCCAUGUCGCUCUGUGCGCAUGCUCGUGGGAUACAAGGAUUGUUGAUAUUGGUGCGUCCUUUGCUAUUGGAGUACAUAAGGCCUCUGGUGAAAUGGGAUUUUUGGAUGGAUGGAAAGUAAUAUUAUUGCAAUAUUGACCUACGUAACGUAUUUUAUACCUUAGACCUGGGAGGACUCUUGAGAGAGCAUGUAGUAACUCAUGUAAUGCUGUUGUAUCACACUAUGUCCACAAGUACGAGAAGAUACCCUGAACAUGUCCUAUUGUACAUUUGAAGAGGUGUAUGGAAUUGACAAUGGCAGCUGCAAUGUUACACUUUUGGUUGUGCUCA